AUGAGCGGGUUCCGGCUCCGGAGCUUCACAGCUGCCGAAGCGGCGCGCGAGAAGAGAAAAGUAUCUUCAAAGUGUAUUGAAAAUAAAGAUACAGAAACGAAUCUACAGUCUAAGCUAUGGUCAUCUUCCUUCUUAAAGGAAAGCACAGGUCAAGUGAGCGAAGAUGCAGUCCUUGCAGCGCAGGAGAAAAAUAACGAACAUCGCCCUCAGGAUAUUGAUGAUAAGUUGUCUAAAUCAACGGACAAUGAUGGUGAAGAUGAUACCAAUGAUGAAGAUAAUGAUGAAGACAGUAACCCUAAUAAGGAUACUCAUGCCCCAUUAGAAUUAAUGGCAGAAUUCCUGAGAGCAGAAAUGGGCCAAGACUACCAUUUGGCAAAAAAAUUAUGUCAGGUGAUCCUACUCUAUGAACCAGAAAAUCAUGAGGCCAAGGAGUUUUUCUCACUUAUUGAAGAAAUGUUGCUGAUGGAGAAAUCCCAAAAUCUUGAGAAAGAUGAUGAAGAUAGUGAAGAAGAUAGUAGCGGUGAGAGUGAAGGAGAAAGCAGUGAGGAGCUAAGUGAAGAAAGCUCUGAUGAAUGUGAAGACGGGUGAUGAAAG